AUGCCUUCCUACUCAGCUAUUUUCCAGGGCUGUGUGAAACCCACCACUGUCAUCGUUUCUUUAAGACCCACUUGCUCCGCCGUUGCUCUUCCUCUACGCUGCCGGCGGAGCGCUCAUCGUGUUGUCGCAUCGCUAAAACCCUCCUUCCCUUGCCGCCAAUUCAUGGCUCUUAGUUCAUCCUCCGUCUACGUUCCUCCCCAUUUGAGACAGCUUGGAAAUGGACGGUGCUUGAGCGGCGGUGACGUUUAUAGCAGCAGGGGUUUUAGGGGAUCUUCUCCUUUAAUUUUGGAUUGGAAGGUUGCUGCCAUCCCCAAUUUCUAUCCCCGGAGCCUGAAUUACGGCCGGUAUGCUUACCAGGAUGAGUCCAGCGAUGAGUCCGAGCCGGAAACUGGGUCGUCGAUGAGUGGUUCAACGCUUGAAAACUUGGAGGAUUGGAGAUGGAAGCUGACAAUGCUAAUGCGCAAUAAAGGCGAGCAAGAAGUUGUAUCCAGGGAAAAAAAGGAUAGGCGAGAUUUUCAGCAGAUCUCUGCUGUGGCUGAGCGAAUGGGUUUAUAUGGCCGUCAGUACUCAAAAGUUGUCGUCUUUAGCAAAAAUCCUCUGCCUAACUACAGACCUGAUCUCGAUGAUAAACGGCCACUGAGAGAGGUGAUAUUACCAUUUGGAGUGCAAAGAGAAGUGUCGGCUCAUCUCAAUUCUCACCUUUCGAAAAAGUCAUUAAGCAGAGGGUCUUCUACCUCCUCUUUGAGGUCGAGUAGUGGUGGGAGUUUGGCUUCUGAAGAGACAGUAAAUGGCCAGCGAGAGCCUGUUUUACCGGAUAUUUCAACACGUGAACGAAUGUAUCGUCGUAAAAGUUUGCAAAUGCGUGAUCAGCAGCAAGAAUGGCUGGAUUCUCCUGAGGGCCAAAAGAUGAUUGACUUUCGUAAAAGUCUUCCUGCAUAUAAAGAAAAGGAUGCAUUAUUGAAAUCACUUGCUCAAAAUCAGGUCAUCGUUGUGUCUGGUGAGACUGGAUGUGGGAAGACCACACAACUCCCGCAGUAUAUACUAGAAUCUGAAAUCGAAGCUGCUCGAGGUGCUGUAUGUAAUAUCAUAUGUACUCAGCCAAGGAGAAUAUCUGCUAUGUCUGUCGCUGAAAGAGUUGCUGCAGAACGAGGAGAGAAACUUGGUGAAUCGGUUGGUUACAAGGUUCGCUUGGAGGGAAUGAAAGGAAAAGAUACACGCCUCCUUUUCUGCACCACCGGGGUAUUGUUAAGGAGAUUACUUCUUGAUAGAGACUUGAGAGGCGUAACUCAUGUCAUUGUUGAUGAAAUUCAUGAGCGAGGCAUGAAUGAAGAUUUCCUUCUAAUUGUUCUGAAGGAUCUCCUUCCUCGUCGACCUGAUUUGAGAUUGGUUUUGAUGAGUGCAACACUGAAUGCUGAACUUUUCUCUUCCUAUUUUGGCGGUGCUCCAACACUCCACAUUCCUGGCUUCACCUAUCCAGUACGGGCGCAAUUUCUAGAGAAUAUUUUAGAAACCACUGGAUAUAGAUUGACUCCGAAUAACCAAAUCGAUGAUUAUGGUCAAGAAAAGACAUGGAAGAUGCAAAAACAAACUCAAGGUUUCAGGAAGAGGAAGAGCCAAAUAGCUUCUGCUGUGGAGGACACAGUUGAAUCUACUGACUUUAGGGGUUACAGCCACCGCACCCAAGAGUCCUUGUCCAAUUGGAACCCUGACUCGAUUGGUUUUAACCUCAUUGAGCAUGUCCUUUGUCACAUUGUAAAAAAUGAGAGACCUGGUGCUGUGCUGGUUUUUAUGACUGGUUGGGAUGACAUUAACUCGUUAAAGGAUCAGCUGCAAGCUCAUCCGGUCCUGGGCGAUCCAAGCAAAGUCUUAUUACUUGCAUGCCAUGGCUCCAUGGCAAGCUCUGAGCAGAGACUAAUAUUCGAUAAACCUGAAGAUGGUCUGAGGAAAAUUGUUUUAGCCACUAACAUGGCUGAGACUAGUAUUACCAUCAAUGAUGUUGUAUUCGUUGUCGACUGUGGGAAAGCGAAAGAGACAUCCUAUGAUGCAUUGAACAAUACUCCUUGUUUGCUUCCCACCUGGAUUUCAAAAGCUUCUGCACGACAAAGAAGGGGAAGAGCUGGUCGUGUGCAGCCUGGGGAAUGUUAUCAUCUCUAUCCCAAAUGUGUUUAUGAUGCCUUUUCUGAUUAUCAGCUGCCCGAACUUCUGCGAACACCUUUACAGUCCCUAUGUCUACAAAUAAAAAGUCUACAGCUGGGAAGUAUUUCAGAGUUCUUAUCUCAGGCCUUGCAAGCUCCAGAAGCAUUAUCGGUUCAAAACGCUGUUGAAUACUUAAAGGUGAUUGGGGCACUAGAUGAGAAGGAAAACUUAACAGUACUAGGUCAACAGUUGUCAGUGCUUCCAGUUGAGCCGAAGCUUGGAAAAAUGCUGAUCCUAGGCGCCAUAUUCAAGUGUCUGGAUCCAAUAAUGACUGUGGUUGCUGGUCUUAGUGUCAGAGAACCGUUCUUGAUGCCAUUUGAUAAGAAGGAUCUUGCAGAGUCUGCAAAAGCACAGUUUGCUGCUAAUGAAUACAGUGACCAUCUUACCCUUGUUCGAGCCUAUGAUGGGUGGAAGAAUGCUGAGAGGGAUCAGUCUGGUUAUGAGUACUGCUGGAGAAAUUUUCUUUCAGCACAGACUCUGAAAGCCAUUGACUCUCUUCGCAAGCAAUUCUUUUUCCUGCUUAAAGAUGCAAAUUUGAUUGAUCAGCAGCAUCCAGAAAAUUGCAACACAUGGAGCCAAGAUGUGAAUCUUGUACGAGCCGUCAUCUGUGCUGGACUGUUCCCUGGAAUAUGCUCUGUUGUGAACAGGGAGAAGUCAAUAGCGCUGAAGACAAUGGAGGACGGUCAAGUUCUCCUGUAUUCGAGUUCAGUAAAUGGCAGUGUAUCGAAAAUUCCAUACCCAUGGUUGGUUUUCAAUGAGAAAGUAAAGGUUAAUUCUGUGUUUAUCCGGGAUUCAACUGGUGUAUCUGAUUCCGUACUCCUUUUAUUUGGAGGGAACGUUUCAAGCGGUGGGCUGGAUGGACACCUCAAAAUGCUUGGAGGCUAUUUGGAGUUCCUUAUGAAGCCUGCAUUAGCCGACACGUAUGUAACUUUAAAGAGGGAGCUCGAGGAGCUGAUUCAGAAGAAACUUCUGGAUCCUGAGUUGGACGUGCAGUCCUAUUCCGAGUUGUUGAUGGCGAUCCGAUUGCUGGUGACAGAGGAUCAAUGUGAAGGCAGAUUUGUAUUUGGUCGUCAGCUGCCCGCCGCCCCAAAACAGAAAAUCCGAGUGGUGAGUCCAGGUGGAGGUGGAGGCGACAAUUCUAAGAACGAGCUCCAAACUUUGCUUGCCAGGGCAGGACAUGGAUCCCCUUCAUAUAAGACCAAGCAAAUGAAGAACAACCAGUUCCGUUCCACAGUGAUCUUUAAUGGUUUGAACUUUGAUGGACAACCUUGUGGCAGCAAGAAAGAAGCUGAAAAGGAUGCAGCUUCCCAAGCUAUAUUGUGGUUGAGGGGAGAGAAUCAUUCGUCAUCCAGAAAUAUCGAUCAUGUCUCAAUGCUUCUCAAGGAGAGCAAAAGCAAAAAGAAAGGCAGGAUGACUGUCCCUAGUGGUAAAUGGGGUUAA